CUCCUCACUUGUCACUCGAAAGUCGAAAUCCCGUCCAGAUUCUUUCGGAGAGACGCAAGUGGGAGUGAGAGAGGCAGCCAUGGCGGCGGCGGUGGUGAGGUACGGCAUAGUUGGGGUGGGGAUGAUGGGUAGAGAGCACCUCCAAAACCUCGCCCACCUCGCCGGAGAAGUCGAGCGGGAGCAGUCCGUCCGCGUCCGGGUCACCUGCCUCGCCGACCCCCACCCGGAGUCCCUCCUCCUCGGCCUCCGCCUCGCCGCCGAGCUUGGCCUCCCAGCACCGCAGACAUUUUCAGGUCACCGCGAGUUGUUGGACAGCGGGCUAUGUGAUGCCGUUGUUGUGUCGUCGCCAAACAUGACACACUUUGAAAUACUCAUGGAUAUCAUUGGUUGCGCCAGGCCACACCACGUUCUUGUUGAGAAGCCUUUGUGCACCACGGUACAGGACUGUAAGAAGGUCAUAGAAACUGCUAAACAGAGACCGGACAUACUUGUGGAAGUUGGAUUAGAGUACAGGUAUAUGCCUCCGGUGGCUAAGCUGAUAGAUAUUGUUAAAAGUGGUACACUAGGGCAUGUCAGAAUGGUGGCUAUCCGUGAGCACCGAUUUCCUUUCCUUGUUAAGGUGAACAACUGGAAUAGGUUUAAUUGCAACAGUGGGGGGACUCUGGUUGAGAAGUGCUGCCACUUUUUUGAUUUGUUGAGAUUGUUUGCAGAUGCGAACCCUGUUCGUGUGAUGGCCUCUGGAGCUAUUGAUGUUAACCACAAAGAUGAGGUUUAUGAUGGAAAGGUGCCAGAUAUAAUUGAUAAUGCAUAUGUAAUCGUAGAAUUUGAUAAUGGCUGUCGUGGCAUGCUUGAUCUCUGCAUGUUUGCAGAAGGUAGUAAAAAUGAGCAGGAAAUUUCUGUUGUCGGUGACAUUGGAAAGGUAGAACCAGAUGCUUUUUCUAUUUUAAUAUUUUAAAUUAGAUGCAUAUAUUAAAUAACUCUAGAUAUGUGUUGUCUGGUCUGGUCAGUUUGCAGUCUGGUGUCAUUUAUCAUUUUUUUUUCUUCUUCACCCCCAUAUUUCCUUAACGAUUUGUAUUUGGUAGGGAGUAUGUA